UGUUUGGCAUCACUGCAGCUUGAUGCAUACUUUAUUCACUUAAGAAGUGAAAAUUUUCAAAAACUUAAUUUCUAUAGAAUUAAAAAUAAGAAAAAAUAUUGACGUUGUUCGUGAGUUAAUUUUUUAAAUUUUUAAUAAAAAAUGGGAAGAAAACGAAAAAUUCCUGUCGCCAAUGAAGAAAAGGAAAAUGAAGAAGAACAAAUUAGUAAUACGUCCACACCUAUUCAGGUCGCAAUGUUGAGUAAUGGACCAAUAUAUACAAUUAUGUCCAAGGUGCAAUUAAAUGAAACAUAUCACAAAAAAUAUAUUAAGGAGUUGAAGCAACUGUACGAAAAGAUGGAUCAUGAUGCCUUUAUUUUUACUUUCGUGAAAAUGAUAAAAACUGCAAUGGUUGCUGAAGAAACAAAUGAGUUUGCACAUACAACGCUCUUGUUUUGUGCCAAAUUCGUUAGUUCAUUCGAAGGCGAUGAGACACAUCCUCUACUGGCCGAUAUAUGUCGUUGGCUGUUAACCACUAUUUCUAAUAAUCCACACAUCCGGUUUCGUCUAUGCCAAUUUGUUAAUAUGAUUUUAAAUGCUCUUGGAAGCGAAGCAACUUUGGAUGACAUUAUUUGUGACAACAUUAUGGAGUAUAUGGUGGGACGCUUGGUUGAUGUAUCGCCUAGUGUUCGUGUGCAGGCUAUAUUAGCAAUGCAGCGUCUACAAGUCCCCGACAACCCAGAUGACCCAGUACUCCGUUCAUAUCAAUAUCACCUCUGUUCAGAUCCUUCGCCUCGUGUGCGACAAGCUGUCAUCACUAGUAUGGGAAGGAACUAUCAUACCAUACCCUACAUUCUGGAUCGACUUUGGGAUAUUGAUGAGAAAGUACGCCGACAUACUUAUCUUCACAUGAGUAGUUAUCCAGUGCGAUCAUACAAAGUAUCGCAGCGAGUAACUUUGCUCGAACAAGGUCUUAAUGAUCGCUCCGAAUCCGUGCGAAAAGUUGUUACAAACGUAAUGUUGCAGCAAUGGAUAGAAUCUUAUCAAAAGGAUUUGGUAGCUCUGAUAGGAGCACUUAAGCUUGAUGCAAACGAGUCGGAAAUAAAUCGAUAUCGGAAAAUUGGAAAACAAGUUUUGCGUGAAAUAUUCAAACGACAAAACAAGGCUGAUAUUGUUGCUUGCUUAUGUCUUGAAGAAGAUGGUGAUUACUAUCGUUGUAUACCUAUUGAGCGUCUCAGCUUAGAGAUGGCUUUUUAUUGGCAAUGUCUUACCGAAUAUUUACAAAAUGAGAUGGCAGAGGAAUUGGAUCAAAUCGUACCAGAGCUAACAAUAUUUUGUUCUUACGUGGAGUUUUACUGUAAAACUCGUAAAACAGACAUGGAUAAGUUUGAAGCAAUGGAGUUUCAAUAUAUUCUCCUAUCGCUUAUGGAAAUUCUUUAUAAUUAUGAUUUGGGUGAUGAAAUUGGUCGUGGUAAUUUACAGAAACUUUUACACCAUCUUUUAAAAAAUUGCGCUCUGGAUGAAAAGGUUAUCGAGAUUAUUGUAAAAUGUUCAGAAAAUUUAAUUACUGAUCAAAACACACGACAUCAGUUCUUUUUAGAUAUAAUUCACGACAUAUGUGGUUUAAAUGCUAAGCAACAGGACUUGGUGCAUGAUCGUAAUUUAAUUAGUGAGUUGCUGGCCAACUCAACAGAUGCUGAUCUAAAUUUAAAGCUCUCCUCACUGAAAGUAAAAAUAUUAGAUUUAGAAGAGCAAGAGAUGAAUUACGUACAAAUGAAAGACUACGUAAGGGCACAACAAAUAAUAGAAGAAAAAAAUAUUGCAACAGAAGAGUUUACAAAUUUGUUAAGACCCUUAUUAGAAAAGCGCAACAGCAAUUCUGGAGAUUCAGCGCAACCACAAUUUUCUAAAGUCGUAAAAAAUGACUGCAUAUUAAGAAGUUUACAAAUAACUUAUUAUAUGGUGGUGUCAAAACGUGUUAAAACAUUGGGCCACAACACAUGCCGAUUAUACAAUGAUUUUAUUUUCCGGAAUAUUGCCUCUAAUCAAAUAGCAAUUCGUGAUUGGGCCUUAAAGUGCGGAGCGGCUUUUAGUAUGCUAUAUGAACCUUUGGCUAAAGAUGUGUUUGAUGAACUUUAUGCACAGUUCUUUAAAAAUCAUAAUAUACGGAUAUGGGAAACUGCCAUAACAUGUAUAUUUGAAAUGCUUGACCGUUAUGGAGUGGAUAGCUUUGCCAUUCAAGAGGAACAAAAUAAAGCAAAAAAAACUGGUCGUCAACUUUAUAACACGCUUGAGUUCAUUGAUGCAGACGAUGAUACUCGCCAGUCCACAACAUUGGGACAAGGUGUUGGUGUUAUUUAUAUGAUGUCCCAUUUUCUCGACACCUGUGACGAUAUGUGUAUUGUGCGAGCCAUUAUAAAUGGUUUCUGUCGAUUAGUCCUACAUGGUCACAUCGAAAAUCGUGACAUUAUGGAAAAAUUGCUGUUGCGAUAUUUCAAUCCAGCAACUGAACCAGAGAUUAAUCAAAUAUUGGGCGUUUUUCUGGAGAAUCUGAUUCAACAUCGAAAACAAAAUCUUCUACAACCCUGUCUAAUGAUAACAGUUAAUUCAGUUCUUUCUGCACCAUACGACAGCCCACUACAUGAUAUUAGACCCGAAACUAUUACGCGCUUUAUUAUAGAUGCCACGCGGCCCGAUGCCGUUUCUGCAAAUAAUUGUGAAAACUCGCACAAUAAGUUAGCAUCGGUAUUUUUAAAUGAGAUGGUCAACAAUUCAAAUAACAAAGAACUUUGUAAACUUUUGGCAAAAGAAUUAACAACACUAGAAGUCAAUGUUAUGCAACAAGAGGAACUUAAAAAAGAGAUGAAAGAAUUAGCUGAUAAAUUAAUUUUGAAUAAAUUUGAUCCAAGAACCGUAAAAUGUAUAAUUGAUUUUAAAGAUAUGCUCGAUGGGGUUUUUAAUCCACCCGCAAAAAGAACAAAUGAAGAUAUGGAAUCAGAAGAUGAAGAAGAUGAUCCCGAAACAAAUCCUUCAGAAAAAAAUAUGGAAACUGAAACUGUUGGUGCGAUGUCUGAAGGUAAUAAUGAAACAUCGCCGACAACCGGCACAGAUUGUAAUAAAGAAAAUUCUGUAGAAAAAAGUCGGUCGCAAAAUGAAAGCAGUAGCGACAGAACUCUUGUGGCCAGCGAAAGUACAAUUGUGUCGCCUUCAGCUGCCAGUAUGCCAACUACAUUUGGAAGUGAGAACAUAACAAGCCAUAGAUUUUUAAGAAAAUCUCUCAAUCUUUCUCGAAAUAAUUCGAUUGAUAGCAGUGGUACUCCUGGCAAUGAUCAAAUAUCGAGACCUAAUAUAAUUCGAAUAGAAGCACGAAUCGACUCGGACAAAAAGUUAAAAGAACCGACAAAAGAUUCUGGACCAGAGAAUUCUAGAGCUAGAAGAAGUCUACGUUAUAGCAAGCGAAAUACAAAUCUAAAUGGUAAUGAAAAAGACAACACUGAAUUGGUCCAACUUAAACCUAGAGAACCAGAAAUAAUUGAAAAAAUUUUACAUAGUCCUAGAAAAUCAAAAACUCCUUCAAAAUCUGAAAACGAAUUACGUCAUACAUCAGAAAUUGGAAUGCCAGAAAAGCAAACUGAAAGGACUUUAUCUCCACACAAAGAUUCAACGGUAUCUAAGGAAAAAAGCCACAGGGUGACUUCGUUUUUACGACAUGAAAAUCGUACUGACAAAGAAAGAACCCAUGAUAAAUCAGGAGUUACAUCUUCCGAAGAGCUUGAUAUAUCGGAGGUAAUUCCAGAAUCACCAAGAGACAAAUCUCCGAAGACAAUUUCGGGAACAACUACCCGUUUGCGGGCAAAUUCCACAAUGCGCUCUAUGCGCAGCCGUACAUUUCGCAACGUUUCUCAACCCGUAGGCAAAACAUUGGAUACAUCAUCCUCACAUGUUACGGUAGCAACCACACCUUUACGUAAUGGACGCAAGCGUGUUUUGCGAACUUCUCCUAAAUUAUAUGCUUCUGCUGCUUCUACAGCCAUGUCCUCUCCCGUUAGAAAACAGCCAUGCAUUGAAAUAGAUUCAAGUAAGACUUCAACUCCUCGAAACACGCGUAAACGUAGAUUAGAAAAGAAAUCAUCCCCAAACCAUUCAACCGAUGGUACAGUUUCAUCCCCAGUAUUAAUGCAAUCUUGUCUAGAGAGCGAAAACACGAAUUCAGAAAAAACUGCAACAAAUCCUUGUGUGAUUAGUCCCACAUCGAAUAAGGAAAACGUAGUACAAAAAAGGAAAUCAAUACCGACCAUUACCAAAUCUGCCCCAUCCAAUAGUAUUCAAAAUGACUCGAAGAGCCCAGCUAAAGAUGAACAAAAAUUAAAUAAAAGUAUUGCGACAAGAAAUUCGACGAAAAAGGAACUAAUAUCUAAAAUGAUUAUGACAAGAAAAAGGCUUUCUCAAGAAAAUUUAACUAUACAAUCAUCAUAUUCAAACUCUGGUCCAAAAUCUGAAAUUGGGAAGAGUCGCAUCCCUGUCAGAACAAAAAAAUUGGAUAAACCAGUAGAAAACACAAUGGAGAAAAAAACAUUUUCCAAAAACUCGCGUAUAGUUUCGGGUAAAAUACCUGUAGGACGAUCAUUACGUUUAAAGAUGGGUCAUCUUGCAACAACCUCUACUUCAACAACUUCUACUCAUAUCACAUCAGUGGCUUCAGGCAAAUCUUCUCGGCGACGAAAUAUAUAAAUUUUUAAAUUAGUAAAACCAAAUAUUAAAAAAUUAGUUGUAAUCUUUUGAAAAUUAGCUAGUGAAUUACUUAUUAUUACUUCUUACUUUUCUAUAUAUAUAUUUUUUUGUAGAUUUUAAUACAUACAUUAUGCAUAAUUAUAUUUUAUUACUGUAGUUUAUUGUUCUCCCCAAAAUAUAAAAAAUAAAAUUUUAUUAAAAAUGUU